AUGGCUCGAAGCCCGAGCAGCCGAGCAAGGGAAGGAAAGCGGCGAAGGUCAAAGAGGUCUAAAAGCUGCGAGGAGAGAAAGAGCUUACAAAGGGAGGUCCAAGCCAAGCGAAUAGAGCGGGAGGUGCAGGGGCGAAUUGUGCAAAAGCUUGGCGCCAAGGAGUUUGAGAAUACCAUCCAGGAAAAGAUACAACAAGAAAUUGAGCGGCAUUAUAGUUUAGUCAAGAUUGAAAUGGAGAUUAAAAAAAAGAAGCUGAUCGAAGAAUUUCAACAACAACGCGAUCAAGAAGAACGAUCGAAGCAGGAGCUAGAGGCGAUCAUUCGCACAAAUCAGCAGCGCAUGCAGGAGCAGCAGCAAAGGGUGGCACAAGAGUUGGGGUCGCAGGCCGACGAGCUCUGGCAAGAACGGGGCCUGCUGCAGAAGAGACAGGAGCAACGAAGGAAAGCAUUGUUGAAGGGGCUGGAGGACUGA